AUGCAAUCAAGCGCGCAGAGUAGCGAGCAGAGUGGGAAGUCCGAAAUGGAUGCCGUUGGAAACAGCAAGGCGCCCGAAUUUGGCCCACGAAUGCUUCAGCACUUCGACUUUGACCCAAACUUUCGCAAUCUGAAUCAGGGUUCCUUCGGAGCAUCCCCACGGGAGAUCAGGAAGAAAAUGCGCCACUACCAGGACCUUGCUGAAGCCAUGCCCGACGGCUUCAUCCGCUACGAGCUCCCCAAAAUCUUGGAUGAGUCGCGGGCGGCGGUGGCAAAGCUGCUGAAUGCGCCGACGGACACCGUGGUCUUCGUGCCCAACGCGACAAACGCGAUCAACGUCAUCCUUCAGAAUAUGACCUGGAACGAGGAUGGCAAGGAUGAGAUUCUGUACUUCGACACUGUGUACGGCGCUUGUGGCAAGACUAUCGACCACAUUGUCGAUAAGCCACUCGGUCGGGUGUCAUCGCGGGAGAUAGACAUCACCUAUCCGUGCGAAGACGACGACGUCUUAUCUGCGUUCCAGGCUGCCCUGGACAGUUGCGCAAGCGCGGGAAAGCGAGCAAAGGCGUGCGUCUUCGACACCGUGUCGAGUCUUCCCGGUGUGCGCUUCCCCUUCGAAGAGAUGACCGAGGCAUGCAAAGCAGCCGGCGUCCUGAGCAUCAUCGACGGUGCACAGGGAGUGGGGAUGAUCGAGCUGGACCUGAGUGGUCUGGACCCCGAUUUCUUCCUGUCGAACUGCCACAAAUGGCUGCACGUGCCGAGAGGCUGCGCUGUGCUCUAUGUGCCGUUCAGGAACCAAAGCAUGAUUACGACGACGGUGCCAACCUCACACGGAUACGUGUCCACGUCGCGAGUGAGGUUCAAUCCCAUGCCGAAGGGCGACAAGUUGGCGUUCGUCAGCAAGUUCGAGUUCGUCGGGACCAUCGACACGAGCCCCUAUCUUUGCGUCAAGGACGCUGUCAAAUGGCGACAGGAGAUCCUCGGCGGGGAGAAGGGCAUCAUCGAUUACAUACAAACCCUCGCCAAAGAGGGAGGGAAAGUUACAGCUGCUAUCCUGGGCACCGAAGUGUUGAACAACAAGUCGGGGACCCUGUCGAAUUGUGCAAUGACUAAUGUCGCUUUGCCAUUAGAGACCGCAGAGGCGGUGGCCGCUCACAACUGGAUGAUGAGGGUGAUGACCCCAGACUACAAGACUUUCAUUCCUCUACGUAUGGGAGAUAGUCGCCUGUGGGCGCGGAUCAGCGCCCAGGUGUAUCUAGGGAUGAGCGAUUUCGAGUGGGCGGGACACGUCCUGCUCGACCUCUGCAGGAGAGUGCGAGAAGGAGAGCACGAGAAGUCUUGA